GUCAACAAACCAGCCCCCUAUACGUCAUCUUUCAAACUCCUGUUGGAGACGAAGCAUUGUGCAAAGUCAGAGCCGAACAAGCCUUUAAAUAUGUCUCGUGAGCACUUUCUAAAGGCCUCCUCGCAUAAGGACUAAUUUCAAAUGACCUGGACAUUUCAUUCUGCAAUUUUAACAAAGUGAACCAUGGAAAACUCCGGCAAACCUCACAGGUUCAAGCACGGGGGCUCGGAGAAGGGAGCAGCAGCAUCAGACAAGGCAGAAAGUCGAAGGAUGCACGACCAGUCUCAGGGACAGGGCUCCAGAGCAGCGGGGGGUCAGCAGGGCAAAAAGAACCAGGGUGGACCCUACAAGGCAAGCCCCAAAAAGGGAGGGUUUGGGCCUUUGAGCUACUCCCCUGGUGGACUCAGAGGUGGUUUGAGCCCUUCUCAAAGGGAGGACGCCCGGUGGUUCUCUGAUCCCGACAACAGCAGUGGGGGUCAAGAAGAUCACUGGAGAACUUUCUCUCAACAGCCGUGGAGGAGCAUGCAGGGCUCAAAGGAGGACAGGGAGCAGAAAUCUGGAAAAAGGUGGAGAAACAACUGGAGAGUCAAAGAGAAAAGAGCUUUUGCUGAAGAGAACGCAAACCUUGUGAUUGAAGAGAGUAAACUGUCAGUCAAAGAGCUGCAAAGCCUGCGGCAAGCAGAGAAACGGCUCAAAAAGGAUGAAGUUUACAGCCUCACCAAGAAGUCCCGCAGUAACCCUGGAGCACUUUAUGCCUGCGCACUGUGUGACUUUCUCCUGGACUCUUUGUCUGAUGCUUACCGGCAUAUCAGAGACAGGCGGCACAAAAAACGAGUCCGGGAGAAACAAGAGGAGGCGAUGCUGACAGAGAUUCCUCCUCCUGGUCCAGAGCAGGUCAGCGCAGUGACAUCAGCACUGGAGGCUGUCAUGCAGGAACAUGGGAUCAAAGAUCAGGAUGUUGAGAACAGACGGUCUGCCGUCUCCAUCAUGCAAGAGCUCCUUCAGUCCGUCCUACCUGACGUCAAGCUCAGACUCUAUGGGUCCUCCUGCACUAAGUUUGGAUUUAAAGACUCUGAUGUCAACAUUGACAUUGAGUAUCCGCCUCAUAUGCAUCAGCCAGAUGUUUUGUUGGUGGUUAAAGAGAGCCUCUCCACAUGUCCUCUCUUUGUUAAUCUGGAAGCAGAUUUCCAUGCCAGAGUUCCAGUAGUUAUCUGUAAAGAAAAGAAGAGUGGCCUCAUCUGCAAAGUAAGUGCGGGGAAUGAAAACGCCGUCCAGACCACCUGUUACCUGUUGGCUCUCAGCAGCAGGGAACCCGUCCUCCUGCCGCUGGUUUUGGGUCUGAGACGAUGGGCUCGGAUCUGCGAGGUCGAUAACCCGGAAGUAGGCGGGCUGCCACCGUACGUCUUUGCCCUCAUGGUCAUCUACUUCUUACAGAAGCGCAAAGAGCCUCUCCUGCCCACUUACCUGAACUCUGAGGUUAAAGGGUUUUCACUCAGUAGACUGUCAGGCUUCAAUCUCACUCAUGCAGAGGAUGGAUUUGUGCACUGGACCUUCACCCCCUCCUCCAAGGAACCAUCCCAGCCAGCAGAGCGCUCCUCUACAAAGGGAAAGGUCCCACUGGUGUUUCCCGCCCCCCGUCCAACAGAGGAAGCCGGGCGGCUCUGGGUUGAACUGCUCCGCUUCUACUCGCUGGAGUUCAACAUGGCUGACAAUGUGAUCAGUGUGCGGACCGGCACCGUCCUGUCCCGGGAGAUGAAAGACUGGCCAAAGAAACGCAUCGCUGUUGAAGAUCCAUUUGCAGUAAAGAGAAACGUGGCCCGCUCCGUGAACAGCCAGCAAACGUGUGACUACAUCUUACACUGCCUCAAGACCACCUACAAGUACUUUGCUUCUCCACUCAGUCUGCCAUCUGCCAAUCACAAGAAAGAGGCCAAGAAGGAAUCCGCUCCGGAUCUGGAUGAUGAGCUUCUGGACUUGUCAUCUUUCAGUCUGCUCACCCUUCAGUCGCUGAACGCAAGUCAGCAAUAUGAGACCCAAAACGAUCCGGACGACUCGGACUGCAUCAUCGAGGAAGAAGUUGAAGGCAGUGACUCGGAUGAGGAAGGGCAGAAGGAAAAGGUGGACAUGGGUAAAAGCAGUCUGUCAGAGGAGGAGGAGGAUGAAGAGGCGGAGCGGCGUCGCCAGCACUUGGACAGCUUUACCACAGAAGAAGAAGAGAUUUUCCCGUUGGAUGAGCUGUCGGGAGAGGAGCUCCUGUCUGAUGAGGAGGGUUCGAUUAAUGGAACUCCUGCUUCAAUGGAUGAAGAAGAAGAGGAGGUGGAGUUGGCCCCUGUCAGGUCUUCCUCUCCACCCGUCCAAGAAACAGUUAAAGAUGAAUGUCCAGAAAACAAACACCAAAAACAAUUGGUGUAUAAGUUCACCCGACAAGCUUUUACCAGAGGAAAGUCGCACAUCGUGGUGUGCAGCUUGUGCAAGCGGGAUGGCCAUCUGAAGAAAGACUGUCCAGAGGAUUUCAAGAAGGUGGAGCUGCAUCCUUUGCCUCCACUAACAUCAGACUUUCUCUACGUCCUUGACCGAGUCUGUGAGCAGUGCUACAGGGACUUUGCUCCAGAUGAACUGGAACUGAGCAUUCGAGAGCUCAUCCUUCAACAGCUGGAGACCUUUGUGAGGCGGCAGUUUGCUGGAGCCCAGCUGCAGCUGUUCGGCUCGUCCAAAAAUGGGUUUGGCUUCAAAAAGAGUGAUCUAGACAUCUGUAUGGUUUUGGAGGGGCAAGAAAGCAUAGAUGAUGUUGACUGCAUCAAAAUCAUUGAAAGUUUGGCAAGAUGUCUGAAGAAAAACCCAGGUCUGAGGAACAUCCUGCCCAUCACUACAGCCAAAGUCCCCAUUGUAAAGUUCUACCACAUCAGCACCAGCUUGGAGGGAGACAUCAGCCUCUACAACACUCUGGCUCUUCAUAACACACACCUGCUGGCCUCAUAUGCUGCCAUUGACAGAAGAGUGAAGAUCCUCUGUUACGUCAUGAAGGUUUUUGCUAAGAUGUGUGACAUUGGGGAUGCUUCCCGGGGCAGCCUCUCCUCCUACGCCUACACUCUGAUGGUGCUGUUCUUCCUUCAGCAGAGGAACCCUCCAGUCAUCCCUGUGCUGCAGGAGAUCUAUUUUGGAAGGAAGAAGCCUGAAGUUCUUGUGGAUGGCUGGAACGUUUACUUUUUUGAUGACCUGAAAGCCCUGCCCAGUCACUGGCCACACCAUGGGAAGAACACUGAGAGCAUCGGGGAGCUCUGGCUCGGUCUGCUCCGCUUUUACACCGAGGACUUCGACUUUAAGGAGCACGUCGUCAGCAUUCGACAGCAAGCCCGCCUCACCACCUUCAGCAAACAGUGGACGUCCAAGUAUAUCGUCAUUGAAGAUCCGUUUGACUUGAAUCAUAAUCUGGGUGCUGGAUUGUCCAGGAAAAUGACCAACUUCAUCAUGAAAGCUUUCAUCAAUGGUAGAACGGUGUUUGGUACUCCAUUUCAAGUGUUACCUUCAAUCUAUCCCAGUCAUAUGGAGUACUUCUUUGACCCCGAAGUUCUCACUGAAGGUCAGGUGGCUCCCAAUGAUCGCUGCUGCAGAAUCUGUGGCAAGGUGGGCCACUUCAUGAAAGACUGCUCGAUGCGUCAGAAGUCCAGGCCGAGAAGGGAUUCCGAAAAAAGGCUGGAAAACCAGCAGGAAAACAUGGAUGGAGAUGAAUCCAGGGAUGUGUUCAGAAAGAGGAAUGAACACCACAGGAAAAGGGAUCCACUGGAGCAGCGCUGCUGCUUCUUAUGUGGCUCAGCGGCUCACAUCAAGAAGGACUGCCAGCUUUACAACAACACCGCAGCAGGUAGACUAAAGAAGGAAAGCGGCUCUCCUGCCUCUUCAGCCCACUUAAAGAAUUUAAGAGAAAAAGAAAAGCAGGGUUUAGUGACGCAAGACGAGAAAAAGAGAAAACCGAAACAUGUGGUAUUGAGUCCUCAAGCAGGCAGUUUAACCAAUCGAAGCAUGGCUCGGCCCAGUCACAGGAGGAGCCCAGUGGAAUAAGCGACAGAAGAGUUUCCUUCCACCAGAUUUGUUCUUCUUCUGCGGUGGAGCUCCUCUGAAAGUCCAGAACACCUUCAGUUUGGUACCCUUGGGCUUGUGGGAAAACCCGUUCAAAACCAAAGCCUGAACAACCUGACUUGAAGCCAUCGAUAGCCUUUUUAUGUUCGUGCAGUCCCCCCCCCACUCUCCUCUUCAGAGGAUUCUUUAAAAGUUGAUUUUUUUUUUUUUUUAGCAAAAACUGUGCAUGCUUCUGUGUCUUUGUUCAGUGUUCCGUCACAUCUAAUGGAAAAUAAUGACAUUGCAGUUUAAAUCUCAGCAACGAAAAAUGUUGAAGACCUGUAAACGUUAUCCUAUUGAAUCCAAACACAUGCAGGUCGAGUGUUUUAUAACACCGUUGCAGCAUUAUGGAGAUGGUUUUCUGGUUGAUCCUGAAAAGUGAUCAGUUUGAAUUUUAUUUUUAACCCAAAAGAAACAUUUUAUUUUUAAGUAUUUAAUCAAUACGUUUAAAAAAAGAAAAACAUUUGAGUUUUAAAAUUGCAGUUUACAUUCUUUAUUUUUUGGGGCAGGGAUCCGUUUCAGUAAAUUUAUUUCUAAAAGCUCUUUGAUUUAUGGAAAUUUUAUCUACCGUUCCUGUCGCGAUACACUGUCUCAGCUGCCAGCACGUCCUUAAGACUAUGCAUCUCCAAGCGCUGUAAAGUUCAAAGGAAGGAUUUUAGAGUUUACACUGGGGUUUUUACAGGCUCUAAAUGAUCAUCUUACACUGGUCCAGCUGGUGGCUUGCACUGCUAUGAACACUGCAAUCACUCAUAAACCUUUAAGUCUGUUUGUGACACAGUUUGGUUGCUGAAUUGUGACGUUCCACAUCUGAAAAAUGUUGCUGCUUGUUGUGUCUCAAAGCCUUCCUUAUUUCUUUGGAACAAUAAAAAUGGAGUGUCCUCUGUCUUUUGUUGUGAUCAAAUUUUCUUUUCGAAGUGUUUUUUUUUUUUUUUUUGAUGGAAAUUAAAACUUUAAUUUGGUAUUUAGAAACGUAUCAGAAGGGGCAUGCUGCCAUCUGUUUUGUGUGUCAAAACAAACUGAAAUUUAAUCUCAUUGUGGAUUAAACACAAGUUUAAUAAACUGAAGCUUAAUCCAA